AUGUCAACCGUUACUUUGAAGAAGGCACCAGUUCGUCAACCAGAAUGGUUCCCACCUGUCAAUAAAAACAGUGAAAAACCAACGUUGCAAAUAUACAAUUCCUUGACACGUACCAAGAAUGACUUCCAUACAAUCAAACCAGGCCAUAUUACCUGGUAUAGUUGUGGUCCUACUGUCUAUGACAAUUCUCAUAUGGGACAUGCUAGAAAUUAUGUUUCCACUGAUAUUUGUAGAAGAAUAUUACAAGAUUAUUUUGGAUUUAAUAUUAAAUUCAUUCAAAAUGUUACUGAUAUAGAUGAUAAAAUUAUCAUUGCUGCUCGUCAACAAUACUUAUUUGAACAACAUGUUAGUGACGUUUAUAAGCAAGUCAAUAACGAGCUUUUAUCGAAAUCAAAGGAAUACUUGGCCAGCUAUAUUGGUAAGAAUUUACCAGAAUUCACUGGAAGUUCAAUUGAAACAGAAUUCAUUCCUUGGGUUGAUUCAAUUCAAAAUAUUCAAGAGAUUAUCAAAGAAAAGCCAAAGUUUCCAAUGUAUAUUAAGGCCGCCAGAACUGCUCAUGAAUCAAUUUAUGGCAAAACUAACGAACUCAGUUUAGAACAAUUCUUGGCUAAUAUUAAAGAUGUAGCUAUGCCUCAUUUAGAUAAGGAAUUAGGUGAUACUGUAACUGAUCCAUCUGUUUUCAGAAAAUUACCUGCCUAUUGGGAAAAGAGAUAUAAUGAAGACAUGGCAAGAUUAAAUGUCUUACCACCAUCCAUUACUACAAGAGUAUCUGAAUAUAUCCCAGAUAUUAUAGAAUUCGUUGAUAAAAUCGUUGAGAACGGAUAUGCUUAUAGAACCGAAGAUGGUUCAGUUUAUUUCGAUACUGUCAAAUAUGAACAUUCUCAUCAUGCUUAUGCUAAAUUACAACCUUGGAAUAAAGGAGAUUUAAGUUUGAUUGAUGAUGGUGAAGGAUCGUUGAGUACUGGACAUAGUAAGAAAAAUCCCGCCGAUUUUGCUCUUUGGAAAGCUUCCAAACCAGGAGAACCUUCAUGGGAUUCUAAAUGGGGUAAGGGAAGACCAGGUUGGCAUAUUGAAUGUUCCGUCAUGGCUUCUGAUAUGACUGGUGAAACUAUGGAUAUUCAUUCCGGUGGUAUUGAUUUAUGUUUCCCUCAUCAUGAUAAUGAAUUAGCUCAAUCUGAAGCAUAUUUCGAUAAUAAACAAUGGGUGAAUUAUUUUAUGCAUAAUGGCCAUUUACAUAUUCAAGGUCAAAAAAUGUCAAAAUCUUUAAAGAACUUUAUUACUAUUGAUGAAGCAUUGAAUGAUUUUUCUUCAAGACAAUUGAGAUUAGUAUUUGCAUUGACUCCAUGGGAAAAACCACUUGAUUUUAAGGAUUCUUUGAUUAGUGAGGUAAAAGCUAUGGAAUCCACUUUUUCCAAAUUCUUCACAAAUGUUCGUGCCUUAAAUAGUGAUUAUAAACAUAAAGUAGAUGAAGGUCAAUUUAUUUCAAGAAAGAUUUCCAAGUAUGAAAGGCAAUUAUAUGAUGAUUUAACUACGGCUCAAGAUGAAGUUGACAUUGCCUUCAAUGACAACUUGUCCAGUAGUCAAGCUUUGAGAUCAAUUCAAGAUCUUGUUUCAAAAUCAAACAAUUAUAUUCAACUUACUGCCACUGGUACAACAGAAUUAAGAAUCGAAGUAUUGUUACUGAUUACCAAUUGGAUAGUUAAAGUUUUAGAUAUUUUAGGAUUUGAAACUAGAUCAGAUAGAUUAGGUUGGAUUGAUGUCUCAUCUAGUGAAGAUUCAACUGGAAGUGCCGAAGAUAUUGCAUUACCUUAUGUAAAAGCACUUUCCCUAUUCAGAGAUUCAGUCCGUAAUUUAGCCAUCAAUAAAUCUGACUUGAAUGAAUUCUUAAAGGCAUCGGAUGCAAUCAGAUCACAAUUGAUUAAUUUGGGUGUUUCAUUAGAUGACAGACCAGAUGGUAGUGCCUUAGUUAAGUUCUUAAAUGCUCAAGAAAAGGAACAAUUGAUUGCUCAACAAGAAGCUAAAUUGAAGGCUAUUGCUGACAAGGAAAAACGGAAACAAGAACAAGCUGCUGCUAAUGCUAAGAAAGAACAAGAAAGAUUGGCUAAGAUGAAGGUUAGACCACAAGACUUAUUCCAAGAUAAGGAAUUAUAUUCUGAAUGGGAUGAAAAUGGAAUUCCUACCAAAGAUGCUAAGGGAGAAGAAGUUACAAAGAGUAUGAAGAAGAAAUUAUUGAAGCAAUAUCAACAACAAGAUAAGCUUCAUCAAGAAUAUUUGAAGUCUCAACAAUAA